UAUUAAUGCGCGUUACCAAUCAAUCAAACAUAUGCUACAUUCUUUUAAGCUUUUUUGUAUAUUAACUAAUAAAAAAAAAUAUUAGUAUUAUCAUGUGUUACUAAUGGACCAACUUGGUGUCAAAAAUAUUUGAUAGACGCUCUACGGCAGACUAAGAGAUGAAGAAAUGAGCUUGACAGAGAUUGGGGAAGUUUGAAGAGAGAUAAGAGAUGAGUCUGAUAGGAUUGGUGGUGUUUAUUUAGAAGAUUUGAACAACUCAUCUCUGGUUUUUUGUUGAACCUCAUUGUGGAUUGAUUAUAUGAAUAUUAUGAUUCAAUAAUGACAAAUUCAGGUGAAUUAUAAAAAAAAAAUACAAAUAAAAACACAGCCUCUCUUAAUUGUUCACAUAUUACUGCUGAAUCAUACUACUACUUAAUUUCUUAGAGGUUUCUAACCAGUAAGGUGUUGUUAUUUAAUUUCUCAUACAUGGCUGAUCAACUAGACGUUGAUCAUUAUUGAUUCUCAAGCACUUAUCUCAAUUGAAAUUUCCCGUAUCAACCAAAUGAUCAUAAUUAGUGAAUGGUCGAAUACUUAUAACUAGUUGAUUGAUAAAAGGUAAAAGUAAGUCGAACGAUACCGAAAAGAAUAAUAAUUAGCUAUAAACCCUAAUCCAUAUGCCAGAAAGUUUACUACUAACGUACGUUACCAAUCGAUCGUUCAUAUGUUAACAUGAUUGUAAAUCUUUUUUUACAUAUUGAUUGAUUAUAUUGCAAGAAAAAUUAUUAUUAUCGUCGUGUGUUUACUAAUCGAUCGACUUGGGUGUUAACAUUAUAGUAAAACUUAAUAUGCAUUGAUCGAUUAGCAACUUACCAUCGUCGCAAGUCUCCUGAUCAAACCGACGCGAUCAAAAUCUUUAUAAAUGAAUUUAGACCUCAAAUUCAUACUACACUAAUCUUCAACCCAAAACCCUAAGAAAACCGAUAUUACAAACAGACAAAAAGAUCACGUUAUAUCUAGCUAGGUCUCUCCGAAAACCCAUUGUUCAUCGAAAGAACAAAGUUAAUCUAUAUAACUGUCUACACAGAUCGACGUCAAUAGUUUCGAAUUUCAGAUAAACACAUAUAUAUUUGGUCAUACAUUCAAACCAUAUCUUUGAAAAAACAAGAGUUGACAUAUAUACCCCAUAGGCCAUACCCCCAAAGCCUUCUAAUUUCUUUCCAUAUACAUAUUUGGCAUUGUAAUGAACAUAUAUUCCACCCCCUGAAAAAAAAAAGUGAUAAAUGAAAAUUCCCAACACUCUUGGUAACAAUAUAUCCAAUGCUUAGACGUCCUUCCUUAUAUACACAAUCUUUCACUCGAGGCCUAUCUCAACCUCGCCGUUACACUUGCACAAAUAUAUAUAUAAUCCAACCCGAGCCUGCCUUCCCUUUUUUCCAUCUCUACAUCUCAGGCAGAAAACAAAACAACAAGUACUACCAAAUGCCCCAAACCGCCGGCCCUUCCAAUUCCAACGACCAGCUGAUCUCCAACCUCAGCUUCCUCCUCACGCUUUUGCUGGCGCUGCAGAGCAGCAUGACGAAGAAGCCAUCAGAUACGCCGUCGUCUUCUUCGUCGUGGGCCGGCCUCGAACCGCCCGCCGACUCCGACCGCAGGCUUCUUGAAGUGGUUGCGGCCCAGUCCCAGGAGGAGUUGCAGGCCGACAUCGAGGCCCGAAUCAGCGAGCUCUUACCCGACGAGCCCCCAAGCCCGCGGCCCGGCCCACCACCACCGCUCCAGGUGGUCCCGCUCGCGUCCAUCCCUCCUCCGACGCCACGUCAGCACCAGCUUUUUAGGGUUGGAGGAGGCCAGCAGCAGAUGUUCGCUCCGGUUAUCAUGGGGAUUCCCCUGCCUCCCCUGCCCCUGCCGUUGCCGUUGCCGCCGCCGAUGGCGCGGCAGGGUAAGAGGACGUUGUCGGACAUCCUCGGCGGCGGCGGACAGGAGGAGGACGAGGAGGACGCGUGGCGGCGGGACCGGCUCACCAGGAAUCUCUCCGGGAGAGUGCAGGGCGUCAACAGCGGCGGCGAUGGUGGUGGGAAUGGGAUUGUUAGGCUGUUUGGUUCGACGAUUAGCGGCGGCGGUAGUGUGAAUGAGAUUAGGCUGUUUGGGAGUCGGAUUGUGAUCGGUGAAGCACCUCCGGCGGCGGCGGUUACCGGUACUCCUCCGAGUGGUGAGCAUCCUCCGGCUCCAAUUAUUAUAAGUGGUGAUGACAAGAUGGACGCGGAGGCGGCGGCGGCUCCAAUUGUUAUUAAUGAUGAUGACAAGGAAGACGCGGCGGCGGCGGCGGCUCCAAUCAUUAUUAUUGAUGACAAGGACUCGGUGGCCGGCGGCGGCGGCCCUGCUGGCGUCGACGGCCCAAGUAAUGAUGGCGACGAGGAAAACCCGCCGCCGGCGGCCCCUGCUGAUGUGGUGGAUCCGGAGCCGACACGGCCGCCGAAGAAUUCGGAUUAGUAGAUUUUGAAGCUCUAGGGUUUGAUUAUUAUCGCCAUGUUAUGAUGAAUUGAUGUUGUGAUGAGGAAUUAAUAAUGAAGCAACUUAAUUCAAUUGAAUUGAAUUGCGACUCUUAUCGCUAUGUGUUUGAAGGUAAAUUGGAUCUUUUCGCUGGCUAAUUGGAUGCAAAUUUCAGACCUUUCUUCAAAACUUAGCCAGAUUUCAAAGAGAACUGAGUAAUGAUACUUAAGAAUUCGAACUAGUUAAAACCUGGGUAAAUACAAUUUAAUAUCUAAACCUUUCAUUUUAAACAAUAUAAUAGCCAAACCUUUUCGAAAAUAAUCUAAUAUCCAAAUCGUCAACUUUCCGUUCGUUUGACCGUUAGUUGACACUUCAAAAAAGUUCGAAAUACGACGCUUCAUCAAUAUCCAUCGAUAUCUUCUCUGAAAAACCACCAACAUAUCGUGGUUCCAAACCCGAGAAGUCCAUGACUCCACCAUGAUGGUAUAGAAUAUCUAAAUAUUCAGUCAUCUGCAAUGCCAAAACAAGAAAACAAAGUUGUAUUGUGACAAUUUCCCCUAAACAAAGCGUUUUUGAAGUGUCAACCAACGGUCAAACGGACGGAAAGUUGACGAUUUGGAUAUUAGAUUGUUUUCGAAAAGGUUUGACUAUUAUAUUGUUUAAAAUGAAAGGUUUGGAUAUUAAAUUGUAUUUAUCCUUAAAACUUCCUGUGAAAUUUUCAUUUGCCAAACAGACUUGAUUGAGAGGUUGUGGCAUUGGAAUCUUAAGACAAAGAUUUUGGUUUUAAUGCUCAUGAGGUAUAAAAGAGAGAAAAUAAUGAGCAGUUUUUAGUUAUUGAUGAAGUAUCAUGCCAGAACUGUGAGAAUAAAACGUUGAAACAUAUUUUUAGAUUGAGAAAUUAUUGUUAGUGCGUAAUAUUAAAAGAGCGCGCUACGUGCAUGCAUGUCUUACACAUACGCGUGGUCUUUUAGUAGUGACGUUUAUUCAUAACCGAAUUGAAUAAUGAAUAAUUAUAAGUACAAUCAUUAUUUUUAAUAGAAUAUUUAUGGUUCGGCAAUUGAUAGUAACGACGGAGCCAUGUGAAAUCGGCAUAUCAUGUCAUUCUACAAUCUACACGCUUUGAGGAAUGAAAAAAAAGAAUAGCACAUACACCGUUUACAAGUUUAACCUAGGAGUAGGACCUUGACAUUUCAUUCAUGGUCAACUACAGAGUUCACCAAGGCGAAAGUACAAAAGGCAAAAUAUUUCCAUGACAGGGAUCCAUUGGAAGCAGAGGUGGGGAGUAAUCCUAGCUGGAUUUGGAGGGGACUUAUGGCGGCGAAGAAUUUGGUCAAGCGAGGGAUGCGAUGGAGGCUGGGAAAUAGAAACAAGAUUGACAU